CUGAAUGGACCGUUGGGGAAUGCGGUUUGACAAUGCGGCACUUACUGCGCCUGCGCCAAUUUACAGGAAGUGUUAACAUUUUCUUUAACCAGCUGAUAGCCAAAUUGUCAACAGUUAAGCCUGCGAUACCUGCGCUGCUGAAACGACAGAUAUACGACAAAACAAGGAGCGAAGAUAGGUGAAGACACCAACAGCGAGACUUGACUACAUUCUAUUUGGAAGGCAGUGCAAGUUGCUCCGCUCCAGGGAGGACGCCCAGCCCCUCUGCCGUCUCCUACACGGGCCGGUAUGAGCUCCAGAGGGAGUGGAGGCCGCUCCAACGGCACACUACCACAGACCAAGAUCUGCCAGUUCAAGUUGGUGCUGCUGGGUGACAUGGCUGUGGGCAAGUCCAGCCUGGUGCUGCGCUUCGUCAAGGGACAGUUCGAUGAGUUCCAGGAGACAACCAUAGGAGCUGCAUUCCUGGCUCAGUCGGUGUGUCUAGAUGAUACCACAGUGAAGUUUGAGAUCUGGGACACUGCAGGGCAAGAGCGAUACCAUAGCCUGGCUCCCAUGUACUACCGUGGUGCUCAGGCUGCCAUCGUUGUUUUUGACAUCACCAAGCCGGAAACCUUUGAGCGAGCCAAAGCCUGGGUGAAGGAGCUACAGAGGCAGGCCAGUCCUAACAUUGUUAUUGCCCUGUCUGGGAACAAGGCUGACCUGGCAGAGAGGAGACUAGUAGAGUAUGAGGAAGCCCAGACAUAUGCUGAAGACACUGGCUUACUCUUUAUGGAGACCUCUGCCAAGACAGCCAUGAAUGUCAAUGAGCUCUUCCUGGCCAUUGCAAAAAAGAUGCCAAAAACAGACACCCAAAACCCAACUCAUGCAGCUCGACAUCGGGGAGUCAACCUUCAGGACCCUGAUGCCCACUCUACCAGAGCCUGCUGUGGUGGAAACUAGACCUCUACAACUCUCACCAGUAUUCCACCAUCCACACCACCACAGCCCUUCAACCAUCCUGUCUCCUUCAACCAACUUACAGGGGUGGGCCUGGUGUGGGGAAACCCAGUAUCCACUCACCCCCUUCCCCUCCAUUCAUCCUCCUGUCCAAGCAGACAAAAAAUCAGAGACAGAAAUUCAAGGGAGAGAAUCAGAGGAAAGGAAUAGCAAAAGGAGAUGGAAGAGAAAGACACAAUAUUCCACAUCUGUGUCUCUUGAGUCACUGAGUUCCUGCAUUUGGAAACUAUGAGGGGAGAUACAGAGGAGUGAGAUUGAGUGGAGGAAAAUAAAGGAUGUGGAAGACAGUGGCAAGCCUGUUGUAGUAUUUAGCACUAAUUGUGAUUUUUAUUUCAUUUUCAUUCUACCUUGCAUCGUUUCAGUCACAAUCCUGAUCAUGUAAAAAUGCACAAAAUGAGCAGUACACGCUGGCAAGCAGCAAGAUAGGAAAGGAGAAAAGGGGGUCAAAACAUUCAAUUACAAAAACCAAAUGGGUAGGUUGGUGCUGCUUUCUUUUUCUCCUUUAUCAGAGCCUGCACCUGCUUGCCUUGCUUCCUCCUGUUCCUGAUUCAAUCAAAUCCUGCUGUGAAUACUUCCACGUAUAUGUACUAAUGGAUUGAUCCCAUAAUUUAAAAUCCUCCUCUGUCCUGCCUGGCCUUCCCUGGUGUCAGUGGCACGGUCCGGUCACAUCCAAAACACAAGUCAAUCUGUACGUAUUUAUUGUCUGCUGUUUCCUUCUGUUGUCUGUUGGUAGUGAUGCUUUCAUUCACAUUACUGCUCUCGUGUGACCGAAUAGAAACUUCACCAGUUAUGUGCGGGAAGCAUUCUUCUACAGAGUUCUGAUGUAAGAGUUGAAAGAUUGAUUGUAUUCACAAAGAUGAUUUUGCAUUGUUUUUCAGAUACAGACUUGCUUGUUUGAUGAGAAGUUGAAUUGCAGUGUUCCUCAAGUGUUUUUGGUUUCAGUGCUUGAGUGCUUACAAGGGAAGCCUCACAGGCUGUAGCUCCUUACAACAACAAUACAGACCUGAUAUGGAGUGUACUUAGAACAAUGUAUAAGCAGGGAACUGUUAGCUCUAACUGAUGACAUACCUGUAGCAGAGAACCCAUCCCUCUAACCCAAAGACUAGUAUUACAUCAAAUACAAGACUUACUAAGUCCCUGUUUUUAAUAAGUAGCUGAAUCUCCCCUUGGAAUUAUCAGAGUGAGUGAUGGGUCUAAUUGGAAUAGCAGGAAAUGUGGUAGUUCAUUGAUAUCUCUGCUCAGAUGAAAAAGAUUGGCAUCCGAUAAAUGAUUGAGAUGAUUAUGGUAUAUGAUAUAUCAGGUCAGGGGCUGACAUGUAAUAAACCUAUGCCAUGCCCUGUAAGAGAAAAUCUACCAUCUCGUGUUUAAUGUAUCCCAACUGUCCCUUGUCCUUAGGCUAAGUUGUUGGUGGACAUGAAAUCAUUGUGAUCUUAAAUGGUUUUACUGAUUCAUUUACUCAAUAUGAUGCUCGAAACGGAGUUGUGUGCUUGGUGGCUGUCCAAGGCUUGGCUGAAGAAAAUGAGCAAGGAAUUAAUGAAAACACACACAAAAAAAAAACAGAAGUGCCUAAUCCCAGUUUUCUUUUUUUUCUGUGAAUCAUGUUUGGAGCUUUCUUUAACUGUCUGCUUCUUAGGUAAAGUGCAGGAGAACCAUUUCCCUGACAUCCGCUUGUACAAUAAACCAAUAACAUGGCA